GCGUUCUCUCUCCCUCUCCCAACAUGCCCGCCUCAGCGAAAAAGAAGAAUAAGAAGGGGAAGACUAUCUCCCUAACAGACUUUCUGGCUGAGGAUGGAGGGACUGGUGGAGGCAGCACCUAUGUCCCCAAACCAGUCAGCUGGGCUGAUGAAACAGACGAUCUGGAAGGGGAUGUUUCAACCACUUGGCAUAGUAAUGAUGAUGAUGUGUAUCGGGCACCUCCAAUUGACCGUUCCAUCCUGCCCACUGCUCCACGGGCUGCUCGGGAACCCAAUAUCGACCGGAGCCAUCUUCCCAAAUCUCCACCCUACACUGCUUUUCUAGGGAACCUGCCCUAUGAUGUGACAGAAGACUCCAUUAAGGAAUUCUUUAGAGGAUUAAAUAUCAGUGUGGUGCGUUUACCGCGUGAACCCAGCAAUCCUGAGAGGUUAAAAGGUUUUGGUUAUGCUGAGUUUGAGGACCUGGAUUCCUUGCUCAGUGCCCUGAGCCUCAACGAAGAGUCUCUAGGUAACAGGAGAAUUCGAGUGGACGUUGCUGACCAAGCACAGGAUAAAGACAGGGAUGAUCGUUCUUUUGGCCGAGACAGAAAUCGUGAUUUUGACAAAACAGAUACUGAUUGGAGGGCCCGUCCUGCUGCACACAGCUUUGAUGACUACCCGCCUAGAAGGGGUGAUGAUAGCUUUGGAGACAAGUAUCAAGAUCAUUACGAUUCAGACCAAUAUCGUGAUGGGUAUCGGGACAGUUACCGUGAUGGCCCAGGCUGGGACAUGGAUCAAUACCGGGGCCGAGAUCGCUAUGAUGACCGAGGUGGCAGAGACUAUGACAGAGGCUACGAUUCCAGGAUAGGCAGUGGCAGAAGAGCGUUCGGUAGCGGGUACCGUAGAGAUGAUGACUACAGAGGAGGUGGGGACCGCUACGAAGACAGAUAUGACAGACGAGUUGACCGGUCCUGGAGCUCCAGAGAUGAUUACUCUCGGGAUGAUUAUAGGCGGGAUGAUAGAGGUCCCCCCCAAAGACCCAAACUGAACCUAAAGCCUCGGAGUACUCCUAAGGAAGAUGAUUCCUCCGCUAGCACCUCCCAGUCCAGUCGGGCAGCCUCUAUCUUUGGAGGGGCAAAGCCUGUAGACACAGCUGCUAGAGAACGAGAAGUAGAAGAGCGGCUACAGAAGGAACAAGAGAAACUGCAGCGUCAGCUGGAUGAGCCAAAACUAGAGCGACGGCCUCGGGAGAGACACCCAAGCUGGCGAAGUGAAGAAACUCAGGAACGGGAACGAUCGAGGACAGGAAGUGAGUCAUCACAGACUGGGACCUCAGCCACAUCUGGCAGAAAUGCACGAAGGAGAGAGAGUGAGAAGUCUCUAGAAAAUGAAACCCCCAAUAAAGAGGAAGACUGUCAGUCUCCAACUUCUAAGCCUCCCAAACCUGAACAGCCUCUAAAGGUGAUGCCAGCCCCUCCACCAAAGGAGAAUGCUUGGGUGAAGCGAAGUUCCAACCCUCCCGCUCGAUCUCAGAGCUCAGACACAGAGCAGCAGUCCCCUACAAGUGGUGGAGGGAAAGUAGUUCCAGCUCAACCAUCUGAGGAGGGAUCAGCAAGGAAAGAUGAAAAUAAAAUAGAUGGGGUAAGUGCCCCAAAAGGCCAAAGUGGGAACUCCAGCCGUGGUCCGGGAGAUGGAGGGAACAAAGACCACUGGAAGGAGUCAGACAGGAAAGAUGGCAAAAAGGAUCACGACUCCAGAUCUGCACCUGAGCCAAAGAAAGCUGAAGAAAAUCCAGCCUCGAAGUUCAGUUCUGCAAGCAAAUAUGCUGCUCUCGCCAUUGACGGUGAAGAUGAAAAUGAGGGAGAUUACACCGAAUAGAGCUCUGCAUUCUGUGCUUUCUCCUAGUCUCUCUCCACCCUGGAACAUUCGAGAGCAAAUCAAACCUCUAUCCAGACAAGACAAAAUAAAACUCACCAUCUCCUGGAAAAAAAAAAAAA